AUGCGGACGCAACUGCUUGUGGAGCUCGUGCCCCAGCGGACGACGGUCUGCCUCUCCUUUGAGCACGCCAAUGUGACGCUGGACGACGUCAAGACCCGCCUGCAGGUGGACCAAGAACUGCCGACCGACGCCUUCCGAUUCCUCCAUGGGACGCAGCUUCUUGACGGGCUUGUGCCGCAUGCACCUUUCGUCAUCCGCGCGGUCCUCGCGCAUGGUCUUCUUGGUGGCAAGGGCGGCUUCGGUGCUAUGCUUCGCAGUCAAGGCAAGGGCGCGGGCCAGAAGCCCACGACAGAUUUCGGGGCCUGUCGCGACUUGAGUGGUCGUCGCUUGCGGCACGUGAACCAGGAGAUUGCGAUCCAAAAAUGGAACGAAGAGGAGCAAAUCCGCGAGCAGCGUAAGCGCGACGACGUUGAUGAGCGCGAGCUACCGCCGGAAGAGACUCCUAGCGGGAUUGCUGGCUGGUACCUCAACACACCGGCGUGGGCCGAAGGCUUUGGGAAGAAAAAGUCCUCCAAGACCAAGAGAAAACGCAACACGAUCAUGUGCAACAAUUGGCUCCAGGCCCGCGCGCGGUCAACACCUCCAGAGGACGCGCCGCGGUGGUGGGGUUGCCCUCGCGGCCGCAAUUGCAAUUUUGCACACGGCGAAAUCGAGCUUCGAGGCGAAGAGCUCACUCUCUACAAGCAACAGAAGAAAGACGAAGCACAGCGUCAGAAGGACGAAGCACUUGCCACCUACUUGCAUCCGGUCGCGCCAACGGUACUCGAGACGGACGUCAACGACGCGUUCGCGGCUGGGCUUCGCAAGCGCCGCGCGCUGCAGCAAGCGCACGCCGAGCAAAAGCAAGCGCUCGAGACGCAGAUGGUGUACGCCCCUGGCGAGACGCGCUGGGCGACGGCGGCGUCCACAGCGGGUGCCUGGCUCGUACCUCUGAACGGCAACGUCGUUGUUGCGCAAGGCACGCCCGAUACUGACGCGAGCGUUCUCGGGCACGGCACGUUUGGCACUGCAACUGUCUUUGGGUGCGCCUUGCACACUGGCCAGUGGUACUACGAGGUCGAGCUCGGCACGGCCGGCAUCAUGCAGCUCGGGUGGGCCGAUGCCUUGUUCGAAGCCGAUGACGACGAAGGCGACGGCGUGGGCGACCACGUUGCUUCGUGGGCCUAUGACGGCCACCGCCGCCUGAAAUGGACGAACGGCGACUCGACAGCCUAUGGCGACGCGUGGGCGCCCGGCGACGUCAUUGGCUGCCUCUUGGACCUCGACGCGCGCACUGUGUCGUUCUCGCGCAAUGGCACGUCCCUCGGCGUCGCGUUCGACGGUAUUUCGGCUGCGACACCAGCAUCUGACUCGACGCCCGGUGGCUUUUUCCCGGCCGUGAGCCUCGAAGCGAACGAGCGUCUGCUCCUCAACAUUGGUGACCGCCCGUUGCUCCACUGCCCUGAAAAGUACAGUCCAGUGCUCCAUGCACUCGUCAAGGCCAAGGCGCCAUCAACCCCGUUUGUUCAGCCCGCUGUAUCGGUGUCUGCUGUCGUGAAAGAACCUUUGUCGCAUCAAAGCGCUGCGCUCGUCGCGGCGGCCCCGGUCCAGGCUACGCCCGUGCCCGAAGCUCGAGAUGAAGAGGCACCGCUACCUGAAGCCAAGGUCGACCUUAUGGCGUGCGCUAGUAUCGACGACCUCAUCGCUCAUGGGGCUGAAGUUCUGAAGGACGAGCUCGUGGCCAGAGGCAUGAAGUGUGGUGGCCUCGCUACGGAGCGUGCCAAGCGCCUGUGGAGCGUCCGCGGUCUCGAAACCAUUCCGUCCAAGCUGCUCGCUCGCAAGCCAAAGCAGUGA